CCGCACGGGGAGGCGCCGUGCCCCGCGUCCCCGCCCCUCGCCGCCGCCACCGCCCGCCCGGCGCUGUGAGCGCGGCGCGGGGCUCCAAGAUGGCUUUGGCCGGGCUGUGCUCCCUGCUCGCCGGCUGCUGCCUGGCCGCGGGCAGCGGCCCCGCCGAGGCAGCGGCGGAGGCGGCUGCCAAAGAGCUGGAGUGCAAGCUGAAGAGCAUCACGGUGUCGGCGCUGCCCUUCCUGCGGGAGAACGACCUCAGCAUCAUGCACGGCCCCUCGGCCGCCGAGCCCAAGCUGCUCUUCUCCGUACGCAACGACUUCCCCGGCGAGAUGGUGGUGGUGGAUGACCUGGAGAACACGGAGCUGCCUUACUUCGUGCUGGAGAUCUCGGGCAAUACGGAUGACAUCCCACUGGUGCGCUGGCGGCAGCAGUGGCUGGAGAAUGGCACGCUGCUCUUCCACAUCCACCACCAAGACGGGGCCCCCAGCCUGCCCGGCUUCGACCCCACAGAUGAGCCCCAGACCGAGUCGGCAGAGGAGGAACUGAGGAUCCUCCACAUCUCUGUCAUGGGGGGGAUGAUCGCUCUGCUGCUCUCCAUCCUCUGCCUGGUGAUGAUCCUCUACACCCGUCGGCGAUGGUGCAAGCGGCGCCGGGUGCCACAGCCCCAGAAGAGCGCCAGUGCUGAGGCGGCCAACGAGAUCCACUACAUCCCCUCGGUGCUGAUCGGGGGCCACGGGCGGGAGAGCCUGCGCAACGCCCGCGUGCAGGGCCACAACUCCAGCGGGACGCUCAGCAUCCGUGAGACCCCCAUCUUGGACGGCUAUGAGUACGACAUCACGGACCUGCGGCACCACCUCCAGCGCGAGUGCAUGAACGGCGGGGAGGACUUCGCCAGCCAGGUCACCCGCACCCUGGACUCGCUGCAGGGCUGCAAUGAGAAGGCCAGCAUGGACCUCACGCCAGGGAGUGAUAAUGCCAAGCUAUCCCUGAUGAACAAGUAUAAGGACAACAUCAUUGCCACCAGCCCUGUGGACUCAAACCACCAGCAGGCCACGCUGCUGUCCCACACCUCCAGCAGCCAGCGCAAGCGCAUCAACAACAAAGCACGAGCUGGCUCAGCGUUUCUCAACCCUGAGGGGGACUCGGGGACAGAGGCGGACACCGAUCCCCAGCUGACCUUCUACACGGACCCCUCCCGGAGCCGGAGGCGCAGCCGAGUGGGGUCCCCUCGAAGCCCUGUUAACAAGACCACAUUGACCCUCAUCAGUGUGACGAGCUGUGUCAUCAGCCUUGUAUGCUCCUCCCACAUGAACUGCCCCCUUGUUGUCAAGAUCACCCUCCACGUCCCUGAGCACCUCAUUGCUGAUGGGAGCCGGUUCAUCCUGCUGGAGGGGAGCCAGCUGGAUGCCAGUGACUGGCUGAACCCGGCGCAGGUCGUUCUCUUCUCCCAGCAAAACUCCAGUGGGCCCUGGGCCCUGGACCUCUGUGCCCGGCGCCUCCUGGACCCCUGCGAACAUCAGUGUGAUCCUGAGACCGGUGAGUGUCUCUGCUACGAAGGUUACAUGAAGGACCCUGUGCAUAAGCAUCUCUGCAUCCGGAAUGAGUGGGGAACGAACCAGGGGCCUUGGCCAUACACCAUCUUCCAGCGUGGCUUUGACUUGGUGCUGGGCGAGCAGCCAUCCGACAAGAUUUUUCGGUUCACCUAUACCCUGGGGGAAGGUAUGUGGCUGCCUCUGAGCAAGAGCUUUGUCAUCCCACCAGCUGAGCUGGCCAUCAAUCCCUCCGCCAAGUGCAAGACCGACAUGACAGUCAUGGAGGAUGCAGUGGAGGUCAGGGAAGAGCUGAUGACCUCCUCCUCCUUCGACAGCCUGGAGGUCCUCCUUGAUUCCUUUGGCCCCGUCCGUGACUGCUCCCGGGACAAUGGGGGCUGCAGCAAGAACUUCCGCUGCAUCUCAGACCGCAAGCUGGAUUCAACAGGCUGUGUGUGCCCGACAGGACUGAGCCCCAUGAAGGAUGGCACAGGCUGCUAUGACCGUCAUGUUGGCGUGGACUGCUCGGAUGGCUUCAACGGCGGCUGUGAGCAGCUGUGCCUGCAGCAGAUGGUCCCCCUGCCUGACGACCCCCUGCUCUACAACAUCCUCAUGUUCUGCGGGUGCAUUGAGGACUACAAGCUGGGCACAGAUGGGAGGUCAUGCCAGCUCAUCUCGGAGUCGUGCCCUGAGGUGGGGGACUGUGGCGAGCCCCGCGAGCUGCCCAUGAACCAGACGCUAUUUGGGGAGAUCUUCUAUGGCUACAACAACCACUCCAAGGAGGUGGCUGCAGGACAGGUGCUCAAAGGGACGUUCAGGCAGAACAACUUUGCCCGUGGCCUGGAGCAGCAGCUGCCAGAUGGGCUGGUGGUGGCCACAGUACCCCUGGAGAACCAGUGCCAAGAGGAGCUCUCUGACCCCAUGCCCGAUCCUGAAUUCCUCACUGGGAUGGUGAACUUCAGUGAGGUGUCUGGGUACCCCCUUUUGCAGCACUGGAAGGUGCAGUCUGUCAUGUACCAUGUCCGGCUCAACCAGAUGACCAUCUCCCAGUCCUUUAGCAAUGCACUCCACUCUCUGGAUGGGGCCACCUCCCGUGGAGAUUUCAUGGCACUGCUGGACCAGUUUGGCAAUCAUUACAUCCAGGAGGCAGUGUAUGGCUUUGAGGAGUCCUGCUCCAUCUGGUAUCCCAACAAGCAGGUCCAGAGGCAGCUUUGGCUGGAGUAUGAGGACAUCAGCAAAGGAAACUCCCCCUCGGAUGAGUCGGAGGAGCGUGAGCGGGACCCCAAGGUGCUCACCUUCCCUGAGUACAUUGCCAGCUUGUCCGAGUCAGGCACCAAGCGCAUGGCAGCCGGUGUGCGGAUGGAGUGCCAGAGCCGAGGGCGCUGCCCCUCCUCCUGCCCACUCUGCCAUGUCACUUCUAGUCCCGACGUGCCAGCCGAGCCCAUCCUGCUGGAGGUCACUAAAGCAGCCCCCAUCUACGAGCUGGUCACCAACAACCAGACACAACGGCUCUUGCAGGAAGCCACCAUGAGCUUGCUGUGGUGCUCAGGGAGUGGGGACGUCAUUGAGGACUGGUGCCGCUGUGACUCAAGUGCCUUUGGGGCUGACGGGCUGCCCACCUGCGCGCCUCUCCCACACCCCAUCCUCCGGCUCUCCACUGUUCAUGAGCCCAGCAGCACACUGGUGGUGCUGGAAUGGGGGCACUCGGAGCCCCCCAUCGGGGUGCAAAUCGUCGACUACCUCCUCCGUCAAGAGAAAGUCACUGACAGAAUGGAUCACUCCAAGGUGGAGACAGAGACUGUGCUGAGCUUUGUGGAUGAUAUCAUCUCUGGUGCCAAGUCACCCUGCGCCAUGCCGGCCCAAGUGCCUGACAGGCUGUCCUCCACCAUCUCCCUCAUUGUUCGCUGCCUGGAGCCUGACACCACCUACAUGUUCACACUCUGGGGAGUUGAUAAUACGGGAAGACGCUCCAGGUCCAGUGAUGUGACGGUCAAGACCCCCUGCCCUGUGGUAGACGACGUGAAAGCUCAAGAAAUAGCAGACAAGAUCUACAACCUCUUCAACGGCUACACCAGUGGUAAGGAGCAGCAAACAGCCUACAACACUCUGCUGGACCUGGGUUCCCCUAGCCUGCACAGAGUCCUUUACCACUACAACCAGCACUACGAGAGCUUUGGGGAGUUCACCUGGCGCUGUGAGGAUGAGCUGGGGCCCAGAUGUGAAAUCCAGCCCCAGUUUGCAAAGGACAUCUGACAUCUGUUGUGAUGGUUUGCAUGAGGAGCACAUAAAAUUCUUUAUGUGACAGAUUGGAGUCAUCACACAGCCACUGCCAUCACUGCAGCUGAGCAAUACCAUAGCCUCUCACUGCCUCAGUGAGGAGACCAAGGACCAUACAGAACAUAAGGUGGAAGCUGCCAUCUCAAGCCCCACAAGGCAGAUGUGUAUUGACAUGGAGGAGCCAAAAAUGCCACUGAAUUGCCCAGAUGUUAGCUUUGCUGUGUGAAUCGAUGAGCCAGAGGGUUAAUUCCAGCCUCUGAAAAUUCUGGAGUGCUUAGGAUGGGAUGACGCAAGUUGCUGAUGAAGUGUUUGCAGCUCGCACUACUUGGAAAGAGACAUUUAGGCAGCUGCAAUGGGUUCUGGUGAUGACAGAUCUUGGAAAGCAGACCUCCUGUUUGAUCGUCUGUGAGGGCGAAGCAUCCAGACUGGUGGUGACAGGACAAAUCACUUGCAGAUGACAUUAUUUAGCCAGCAGACAGAGUGUUUGUUUGACUGUUGCUGAUGCUCCUGAAUGUGGACCCACACGAAUGACUUUACCAUGUCCCUCCUCCUCCACGUGGCCAUGCUGCCUUCUGGCUCUGCUUGUUUGUGGUGUGCUCACCUCCCUUCUUGGAGAUGCUGGCUGCUGGAAUGAAGGAAGUGAGGGUGUGUGCAGAUAACUUGCUGGGGUUACAAAAGACAGUGCUCUCUCCCAAUCCAAGAAGGGCUGCAGAAAGCCCUGCACUUGGCAUAAGAAAAAAUGGAGGGAAAGGCGAGUCAUUUUCUAGCAAGUAAUAAGUGGAAAUGGGAUUUGAUGCGAAACCUGGUGAAGUCUGGUUGCGUCUAUGGGCUUUGAGCCAAAAUCUGUGGGAUCACAUUCAACAUUCCUGUGAGAGUACAUGAGAUGCUGGAGGAAAAGAGAAGCAGCCCCAGCACCUUGUCUAGGUGUCUAUAUAUGGGGACCAGGACAAGUGAGAAGCCAUGUACGUUCUCAUGGCUGGAAGACCUGGGCAGCUUGGGUAGCUAUCUGUGGAGUUAACACUGUGCUAAGCACCUUCACCUCUCUGCUGUGAUCUGGAAGUGAGUGCUGGGGCUUUGGAUAUCAUGUGGCUGCAGAGCUGGGCAACAUAUUGGUGGCUUCAGACUUGCCCCUUUGAGCUGCAGCCAUAUCCACAACCAAUGUCUUGAGGGUUCCCUCUCUGGAAAAGUCAAGGUUGGCUCUGUCUGAGCCUGGGGUAAAUUAAUUCCUCUCCAAGCAGCUCUGCCAUAGUGCACGUGGCCUGGAGGAGGGUUUGGAGGGGAUGUGGAUGGUCCUCCAUGCUUGGUACGCGUACCCUUGAGCUGUCUAACCAGCCACAACACAGCCAUGUGCUCCACACGCAACCCCUGCUUAUCCAAGUAGGAAUGUGACAAUGUGUUUUAAGAAUGUGUUUUCCCUAACAUCAUGGUCUGUGCCUCCACUGCCUGUUCUGUGCUGAGCAGAUGCUGAGUUAAAGCUACCAAGGGGAUGUAUCUUCUGUCUGUACUAACCCACCAACUGACCUUGAAGCUGGCUAGAGAACUUAUUCCAGCUUUUGAGACACUUAAAAUUUUGUCUGGGUUUCCAGGCACAUGUGAUACUCACCUUCAAGGCACUUGAUCUGAAUUGCCUCCAGAUUUGCCAGAUUCCCUGGACAUCGCCCAAAGUGUUAGACAAGUUUAAAAUGAACAUAACAUGUUUUAU